AAAGGGAAGUAAAUGUAGAAUAGAAUUGCAGUUUAAACAACAAAAUUAUUUUGCCGUUACGGAAAUAUCAACAAGACGCUUGCAGAAAUAUUCAAGCGUUUAGAAAAACAACUCCACGUCAAAACAAUCGACAUGGACUCGCAAAUUUUGGAGCCAUCUCUUUACUCAGUGAAGGCCAUCAUGAUUCUUGACAAUGAUGGUAACAGAUUGAUGGCAAAGUACUUUGAUGACCAGUUUCCAUCUGCAAAGGAACAGAAAACAUUUGAGAAAAAUCUUUUCAACAAGACUCACAGAGCAAAUGCCGAAAUUAUCAUGUUUGAGGGAUUGACCUGUGUGUACCGAAGUAAUGUUGAUCUCUUCUUCUAUGUGGUUGGAAGCUCAAAUGAAAAUGAGUUGAUCCUGUCUAGUGUUUUAAAUGGUUUCUAUGAAGCCAUCAGUCAGAUCUUGCGACGGAAUGUUGAGAAGCGCUCUCUGCUAGAGAACCUGGACGCAGUGUUCCUGGCCAUGGACGAGAUAUGUGACGGAGGCAUCAUCCUAGACUGUGACAGCUCCAGUAUUGUAUCCAAGGUCGCCAUAAGAACUGAUGAUAUUCCAAUAGGAGAACAGACAGUAUCACAGGUGAUACAGACAGCAAAAGAACAGAUCAAGUGGUCGCUACUAAAGUGAACAGGAUCAUAAAUUUAUUUGUUGUAUGCUAGAGAUGAAUAUGACCAACAUCUAGAAACAUUAUACUAUAUACUAUAUAUACAUCUAACCUGACAAUUUUAUAUAGGUUAAUUAAAUUACUAUUUUUUGUUUUUAAUGCAAAAAAGUCAAAGACACAAUCACUGCUUUCACCUACUUUAGAUUUUCAAACACAUGAAACUAUUGUUUGGUUGCAUGCAGUGACGUUAAAAGCUGUCAAAAUAAGUAUUUAUUCUCCUCCAAAAAAAUUUGGGGGAGCAUAUAGUCGCCGCUUUGUCUGUCCGUGUGUCCGUCCGUCCGUGCACAAUUUUUGUUCGGGCUAUUUCUCAACAAUUAAUGACCGUAAUUCAAUUAUACUUUAUGGGAAGCUUCAAUUACAAAAGGAGAUGUGCAUAUUAUCAGCUGGUUCUGGUUGGAUGAUUUUUCACAGCGUUACGGCCCUUUGAAAUUUUCCAUUAACUGUACAUAUAGUGCAAUUUAUGUCCCCCAACUACUGACUGGAAUUCAAUGAAGCUUUAUGGGAAGCUUAACUACCUCGAGGAGAUGCGCAUGUUCUUUGUGGGUUCUGGUUAGAUGAUUUAUUUAGAGAGUUAUGGCCCUUUGAAAUGUUUAAGUUGCUAAACCAUCCAUUGUAUUAUUUUGUCCAAAGUUAUGCCCCUCAAGACGUUUUCUUUUAUCUGAAUAUAUAGUGCAAUAUUGUGAAAAAGAAAACCUUUGGGGAGCAUCACCCGUCUCUGACGGUUUCUUGUUUAAACUUUGUUUUUGGUGCAAUAAUUAAAAGAAAAUUUAAAGAAUUGAUGUAAUGUCUUGAAAUUAUUGAUUUUUAGGAAUUAUGUUGUAUUUAAUUUAAAAAAUGUCAGGUUAGAAGUUCUGUUGAAUACAUGUAACUGUACAUUUGAAAUGAGUCACUGAAAUGGGAACACAUUAGUUGCAGCAAACCGUUAUAGCGCUGAACUUUGUCAUUUCAAAAUGAAAAACUUUACACCUAUUCCUUUAGUUAACUGUUUUAUAAGUCUUCUUGCUGUGUUUCAACUCCAAUGUAUCAGGAAAAAAUGUACAUUUUUAUGUCAAAAUAAUUAUGCCUAAUAUGGUAGUUUUGUCUGCAUUUUCUAACCCGAUCAUGGUUUACGAUUUCAAAAACAUAAAUUGUGAUUAUUCAUUCACAUCCCUUGUACAAGGGAUGGUCUUAAAUUAUUUACUUAUACAUGUAUAGCAGUUUAAAUGUCUUAUGUUUAAUGAAAUAAAAUGACAAGAAUGACCAAUAUAAAUGCUUUUUAUGACUGA